AUGCCUCAGAAUAAUGGCGAUGAGUUUGGCCUUGCACAGGUGAGCCACUUCACGUCCAUCGGUGGGAUUCAUAUUGGGUCAGAGGACCGAGGAGGUUCUUGGGGUAUCGUCAACAUGGCGAAGCAUACCAUGGCACCCCCACUGCCAGUAAUGGGUGCGACUUACGAGACAAUCAACAUUACUAACGGUGUUCCGCUUGCUGUCUAG